GGCCGGCCGAUGGCGUACAGUUUUCAAAAUGUUGAACGUUGAGGCAGCCACCAAGAAACAAAAAAACAAGCUAACACUCAGCGUAGCUGCUGCAGCUGCCCCUGUCGCGAGCGCAGGGGUGACUGCGGCGCGCGCGUACGCCACUCAUAUUUUCAAUUUUCCGCAGGGGACCCGCGGCCUGAGUAUAUUUCCUGAGUUCAAAGCUAAGAACGCUGUUCCUCACGAAAAAGCAACGGAUUUAUCCGCGCGUUGUUGCUUUCCUCCGCCGCAUACGCAGGUGCUGGCCUGUCUGCAGAUACUCAGCAGAGGAAAUGUGUUCGCAGAUAUCUACCACAUGUCCUUCAUCAGCUUUCAGACGGUGGCGUCCACCUUCCACCGCUUCUGCAAGUACUUCGCGGCGGAGCUGUACGACGAAUAUGUCUACCUGCCGACUGGGGAGGACCUGAGGAAAGUCAUGGAGCAGUACGAUCGCAUAGGUUUCCCCGGAGCCGUCGGGUCCACGGACGUCACCCACAUCUACUGGGGCAUGUGCCCCUACAACCAAGCCCGCAUUUAUACGGGCAAAGAGGGGAAGCCUACCGUCGCUUUUCAAGUUACGGUGGACCAUAGCGGGCGCGUUCUGGCGGUGACCCGAGGGUUUACGGGGGCGACGAACGACAAGACCAUCAUCCGCUACGACAAGGCGGUGACGCGCAUCCGGACGGAUCCUGUGUAUACGGAGCAGAAGUACAAGCUGUACGCGCAGGAUGGACAGCAGUUCGAGGAAAAGGGGUGCUAUCUGCUGGUGGACAAUGGGUACCACAAGUGGAGGACUCUCAUUCCCCCUUCCAAGUGCCCGAUCGACCGUGGCGACCUCAUCUUCUCGAAGAGGCUCGAGAGCGCUCGCAAGGACGUCGAAUGCUACUUCGGGAUCCUCAAAGGGCGCUUUCGAAUCAACAAGCUGGCCAUCGGCUUUCACAAGCAGGAAUACAUCGACAACGUGUUCUUCACCUGCUGCAUCCUCCACAACAUGCUGCACAGCUUCGACAACCGGGGGGACAUGAGCGAGGAGCCCAACUGGGCUGGGAGCGCCGGCCUGCACAACGCCGCGGAUCGCGACCCCAACACGGACUACAGCUCGGUCGGGUCAAUGGACGGUCAGCAUGAGGCGGUCGAGGUGGAGACGGGCUUCGGGGCGCUGCGGUCUAAGUUGGUUACGAACUUCGUGUACCGCAGGGAAAAGAAGAGGGACAUUGUGUGGCUGUCGUAGGGGAGGAAGGCGGUGCUGUUCUGGCCGUAGGUUUGACUCUAGGGUAACCAUGUGCGAGCGUUGUGACGGUUAUUUUUGCGGCAACAACGCGUUCGUGCACGUAUAUACAAGCUCACAGCCGGGAGAUUGGUGGGGGUGGCGGGCAGCCAAUUUCAGCAACACGUAGCAUCGGCUGUGUGUACGGGCGCGGACUUUUUUUCGAAGUUUCACCAGAACACAUAACUGAAACCGAUACGCAGGGAUUCGCAGCCUGUGUCAUGUGUACGUUGUCAUCGGCGUGUACACGAAGCGGCCGCUCUUUCGAGUCCAAACCUGGACUUCGGGG